AUGUUCGCGUCCAGCCAGCAGCUGGAGUUGGUGUCGCUCGACGUCACCGACGCCUACUUGCAAGUAAAGCAGAGACGUCCUACGUAUAUCCAGACCCCCAUUGGUGAUCUUGAGCUCUUGUAUACCCUUCCAGGGCAACGCGCUGGUUCGCGUGAUUGGUAUGAUUACCUAGCAGCUACGCUGGCUGAGGGGGGUAUGGAAACGUUCAAAGGAAACCCAGCAGUCUUUGCAAUUCCCCAGCAGGUUGCCCUGAACAGCCAUGUAGAUGACAUGCAGAUCCUUGGCGUGAAGGGUGCUCCAAUGGCAUUGGCGAAUAAAUUGAAGGACAAAGGGCUGAAGGUGAAGAUCGAUGGCCCGGUUGACGUGAAUGGGGGGAUCUCGCACUUCCUUAAGCGCAAGUUUGAAUCGGACGAAAGGGGCCUCACUGUCACCCAGGAUGUGAAGUAUGCUGAGCGGUUGGUUGGUCUUUUGGGUUUGGAGAAAGCCAACGUGAAGAAGACCCCAAUGCCCCAGCAAAUCCCAGAACCCGGUUUGGGUGAGCGUCUGAGCGCCGAAAUGCAUGCCCUCUAUCGCCAGUGCAUUGGGAUUUUGUUGUAUAUGAGUAGUGAGUGCCCCGAUCUACAGUAUGGUGUGAAAGUUCUCUCUUCGCGUUGCAGUGAACCCACGGAAACCGACUUUGGUCUCUUGAGGCACCUGGUAAAGUACGUGAAGUUGCACCCUGUAGUUCCUGUGAGACUUGAUCGUUGCAACCCAGGGCGCAGCUUGUUUCAGAAGUGGGAAGGCCGUGAUUGUGAGCCAGAAGAUUGGGACCCCAAGCAGUACCCCUUCGGCCUAGACCACCUCGUUGAAGUCGUGACAGAUGCAGAUUGGGGAAGUAAAGUAUUCCAGCAGAGACGUUCUAUGUCCUCGUAUUGCAUCUUUGUGAACGGUAACAUAUGCCAUGCUGGAGACAAGGUACAGAAAGUGAUCAGCCUCUCCUCGGCGGAGAGCGAGCUCAUGGCAUCGCUCCUUGGUAUGACAAAGGCGAUGUUCCUUGCUGAGAUGAUCCGUUUUAUUUGCGGGCCCAACUCGCGGGUGAAGCUUGUGAAUUACGUUGACAACUCAGCAGCGAGGGCUAUCAUUCAGAAGCAGGGUUUCCAGAGAACUCGACAUGUUAGUUUGGCGCGGCUGUGGAUUCAGAAAGCACAUCAUGACGGCGUUUUCACCACAAAGCCCUUUGCAACAAAAGAUGCCCCAGCUGACCUUCAAACGAAGCCCCAUGGUAGGAAUCGAUUAAAGUACCUCAUGAGCUUGAUUGGCAUGAGCUUGGAUGGUGAUGACGAGCCCGAGCAUGUUCGUGUUCAGCGGGUGAGGACAAGGUUCGCUUCUACCCCAGGGUUUGGAGUUGCCGCUGUGAUGCGAGCGCUGGCUGUGAUCAUUGAGGGGGGUGAAGCAGCUAGUGUACAAGAAGCUUCGCGAGAAUGGUUUAGCAGAGUGUGGAUUGUCCUUUUCAUGAUGAUGAUCUGCGGCUUGGUGGGUGCUUGGAAGCUCGCGAUGCUCUUCAGUGACCAUGGUGUGUGGAACCAAGUUUGGAUGAUUAUGAUUGUUGCGGUGAUUUCGGCAAGCGCCUCGAGUGACAUGGCGAUGGAGGCCCGCGGCAAGUUCGCGCAACAACUUCGUGACCAUGGUGAUGUUUUCAUCUUCGUGGUGUUGAUGGUGUUGAUGUUUGCGCUGCUUGGGAGUAUGCCACCCCGGCGGUGGAGUCGAAGGCAUCAUGAUCUUGAGGAGCCGUUGGAACAAGGUGAGAACCAGAACCAGCUCAGGGACCGCAUCCAUGCUUGGUUUGAGGUUGAGCUUCUUGGUCGUCCCCGAGUUGAACGAAGCGGUGCAGCAAGUUCGUCUACAAGCGUGGCCCAAGGACCAGUGCCACAGAGCAGCCAUGAUGAGGAUGCAGCUUGCUACUCAAAGUGUGUGCACAAAAGUCCGUGCGUUUUGUUGUAA